AUGUCAACAUUUGCCUUUGCCAACUCUAGCGAAAAGGUCCCUGGUAGUGGGACCCUUCCUGCCGAAUUCACAAUAAAAGCCUCUCCGGGAACGGAUGUAUGGUCGAAACCUCCAUCCACGGAACGAUUCAACGCUCCGAUCCUAUACCAGAGCGUCCCAUUGAACUCAUUCAAGCGGGCUAGGGUUGCCUUCAAUGCCUUCUGGAAAGACAAAUACGACCAGGGUGGACUCAUCCUUGUUUUGAACAGCGCAAAUGGCCCUCGGAGAUGGGUUAAGACGGGUAUUGAGCUCACUCAUGGUAGACCCCAUUUGAGCACCGUUACGAAGGAUAGAUUUGCGGACUGGAGUUUACAACCGGUCCCAUCAGGUGGUGGAGCAGCAACGCUGGAGAUCGUUAGAGAGUCAGACAACAGUCUGUGGAUCUACUUAGUUGAAGGCGUGCAGAAGAAUCCUCUCCGUGAGGUCACCUGGUUUUUCGAGGAGCAGGACGUCCAAGACCUCUGGGUGGGACUAUACGCGGCGAAGCCUUCUAACGAAGGUCAGGAUCUGGUGGUCAAUUUCGGCCAUCUAAUUGUUGACACGGUUUGA